AGUUUUUAAAUUGCCAAGUGGCAACCGAGGAGCGGCCGACGGAAGGAAGCGAUGCCAGCCGACGCCAAGACCCUCGACGAGAAGCACAUCAAGGCCAUCCGCGACUUCCAAAAGUCGUCCCAAAGCAACCGCCGAUGCUUUGACUGCAACGAGAUGGGCCCACAAUACGUCUGCCUCGACUUCAACACGUUCGUCUGCACCGCGUGCAGCGGCCUCCACCGCGAAUUUUCGCACCGGAUCAAGUCCAUUUCCAUGUCGUCGUUCACCGACACGGAGGUUUUCAACAUUGUCAAGCACGGCGGCAACGACGCGGCGCGCAAGUACUGGCUCGCACGCUUUGACAUCAACACCCAGCCGAGCUCGAAUCUCAACGCGCGCGACCGCAUUCGCAACUUUAUUCGCGACACGUACAUCGACCGACGCUGGGUGCACGAAGAGCCCAAGAAGGAGGCGCCCAAGCCCGUUGCCACCAAGACGCCUGCGCCGACGCCCGUGGUGACGACGGACUUUAACCCUUUUCACUUGCCACCGCCCACGGCGAACCAGCAAACGAGCGUCGCCUUUGGUGAUUUCUCGAGCUUUGGCAGCACGACGAGCGGCCACACGACGCCCGCGUCGCCGGCGCCGACGGCGGAGUUUGCCGAUUUCAGCCAGUUUGGCUCGGUCGCUGCGUCAAACGCCGACUUUUCGCCGUUUGCAUCGACGUCGAGUGGGUUUGACGCCGAUUUUUCAUCCUUGAGCAAGCCGGCGCCGGUCCAAGUCGACUUUUUUGCGUCUCCUGUCCGAGGAGACACGCAGUCCGUCCAAGCGACGCCACCGCCCGCCGUUGCGAGCCCGGCGUCUUUCCCGGCGUUUUCGCCUCCAACGCCCAAUCCGUUUAUUGCCCAGAACCCGUUUGGUGCGUUUGACGACGCGCCGCAGACAGCCGACCCGUUCGCGGCGUUCUCCGCGCCGAUCCAAGACCCGUUUGCUGGCUUUACAUCGCCGCAGCCGGCGCGGGACAUCUUUUCGUCGCCGGCGCGCACGUCCGUGAGCGCGCCCUUCACUCCACCGCGCCAAAAUGUCAUCGCCGAUCCGUUUGCGCCGACGCCACCGCGCCACAGCACGUCUGUCUCGGAUCCAUUUGCGCAAACCUCGACCGCGCCACUCGAUCCCUUCAACGCGUUCGACUCUCUCUUUGACGCGGUGCCAGCGCCGGUCGUCAAGCCGCCCGCCGCGCCAAUCGACAUGUGGGGCCACCCGCCACCGGCCAACAAACACCAGCAGCCCACCGCGUCGCCGGGGAAAACCAACUCGACGUUGUAUCACUCGGGGGCAAGCACGACGAGCUAUCCGACGUUGACGCCGUUCGACCACGCGUCGCCGCCGCUGCACCCGGGCAAGCCGCAUGCGUACGGAAGCCAGCAGAAGGCCGACGUGAGCGCGAUCGUGGACCCGUUUGCGUCGCUUGACAUUGGCAUCAAGUCGACGCCGGCAUCAACACCUCACUUUGGCUCGAACCCGUCCAUGCACUAUGGCUCGUCCAACCAAACGUUCCCGUCGCAGCACAUGCCGUACGGCUUUCCGCAGCAGCCCCCGGCGCCACCGGCCGUGCACGCGUCGACGAACCCAUUUGAUAUGUUCUAAGGCACCUAAUAUCAACUCUUUUCUGUUCCA